AUGAUUAUCGUACGUACGAGAGACCUACCAACAGCUUCCUUCCCCCUCAGGUUCAUCUCGACAACACUCGUUACGAUAUCGUCCCUCACCGACGUUUGCUCCGUGGCAAACGUGCAGGCGGCGCUUCCAGCCAACGGCACCAUCCUCAAUGUUAACUUAAUACCCUCCUCUAUUACUGCUGCCGUUGCCAACGCGUCGGCCAGCACAAGCGGACCGAGCGGUAUGGCCAAGCGUGACACCAGCUCUUUAUACUGCAAUUACAGCUUCCCGGCACCCGAUGCCUACGAGAAUCAGUUCUACAUCGGCGGUGGCGGUGACUACUCCGAAGGCACCAGCGACCCUACCGGCAGACUUUCCUACGAAGCUAUUUCUGGAUCCACCGACUACGGCCAUAAUGGUUUUAAAAACAACCUUAAUAAGGCCGUGCUGAGCAAGAACGGCUCUAUCAACUGGGACAAUAUCAUAAUGUUCUCUUACUAG